AUGGCCCCCAGCAAAGACUCCAACGCCGGUGGACGCGCCCUCUCCGAUCAAGAUCUGCGCGAGGUGAACGACACACUCACCAGGGACGGUUCUCGCUACUCGUGGCGCGAUGAAGGAAACCGCGAAGGGCCGGCGAGCAACCGCCCGUCCUACGACGAAGAGAUUCGACCCCGGCGUGAGGUCCGCUUCCAGAACCCGAUGACUGGCCUGCCGAUGCAGGACCAGAUGAUGCGCCAGCAUGCCCGUGGGCAAAGAGAGGACGGGGAGCCAUUGACGCCGAUACAGAGCCUCGACAUCAACGAUUCUCGCUCCGCAUAUGAUGGAGCUGCUGACACUGGCUACUUUGCGGGCCAGAACAAUGAGACAGCUACACUCCCGACGUACAGCAGGCCGCCUUCGUAUGCCACUGGAGCCGAGGACCGCGAUCUGUCGCCUGCUGCCGCGAAGCGAGAGGCGUACCGUCGCAGCGGCUCCAGUCCCAAGUCCAAGAAGGAGAACAAACGCAACGACUCCGAGGAGGCAUCACGCAAGCUCAGCCCCAUGGAGAAGAUCAAGCGCAAGCUCACGCCGUCGUCCAGAACGAAGGAGACCCGGGACGCAAGUACUGGGAGCCACGAGUCGCCGACCCCGACCCCAAGCCCGCCGGAGCAGCGCAAGACGAGCGCACCUCACCCCGUAGCCAGAGCCCGGACCCCCUCGCUCACCCAGUGGGAUCGGCCGCCGUUGUUCAACGACGACGCGAAUAUGACGGGAACGAGGAGGGUGGACCAGAAGAGGCUGGGAAAGGAGGAGGCCGAGAAUAAGUACAAGGGGGCGAAGCGGGAGUGGGAGUGGUCGAGGGGCAUCUACCGGUACAACAGCGAUGGCUCGAAAGUGCCCAAGGGCGGCGUGAGUGACAUGAAGCCGUCGCCGCUGGGGAAGCAGGUGGAGUCGCAGGAUGAGGUGAGUGGUGGUGAUAAGAAGAAAGAGGCGGUCGAGAGUCAGCAAGAGAUCAGGAAGGAUUCAAGUGACGACGGCAGUGUCGAGGAUGAGCAGGAGUGGCCUCUCUCGUCUGAGAAGCAGGUUGGUGAUGCCGAUGCCUCUGAGCAGCGCCAUCAGCCUCCACCGUCUUAG